CACUACACUCUCUCUCUAACUAUGGCUAUAAUCCCUCACUUAGUAAUGGCGCCUUCUGUAGGAAUGGGACAUCUCAUUCCACAAGUGGAAAUCGCAAAACGCCUUGUCCAAUUACACGGCUUUUCCGUCACCUUCUUAAUUCCCGGCGACGGCCCUCCUUCUACCUCCCAGAAAGCCUUUCUUGACUCCCUACCGGAGAAAAUGGAUCACAUCCUCCUUCCUCCGGUUAACUUGGACGACCUUCCACCGGAAACAAAGAUAGAAUCCCGAAUCUGUCUCAUCAAUUCCAGAUCCCAAACCCAUCUCAAAGAUGCUCUAAAAACAUUGAUCGUUGAGAAGCCCGUCGUCGCCUUGAUCACCGAUCUUUUCGGCACCGAAUGUUUUUACAUCGCUGAGGAAUUGAUGAUUCCGGCGUAUCUCUUUUUCCCGUCAACUGCAAUGGUUCUUUCUCUGUUCCUCUAUUUACCCCAGCUCGACAGGGAAGUAGAAUGUGAAUUUAGGGAUAUGGGUGAACCGGUUCGGAUCCCGGGUUGUGUCCCGAUUCACGGGAGUGUUCUUCUUGACCCGUUUCAGGACCGGAAAGACGAUGUUUACAAACAUUUUCUCGAGCAGGCUAAGCGGUAUAGAAUGGCCAGGGGUAUUCUUGUAAAUUCAUUUGAAGAGUUGGAAAGCGGGGCAUUGAAGGCUCUUUGUGAAUCCGAACCCGGAAAACCACCCGUUUACCCGGUGGGUCCAUUGAUUAAGAUUGGUUCGAGUAUUUGGAAAGAUGAUAAAACGGGUUGUUUGAGUUUUUUAGAAAGUCAACCUGACAAGUCUGUUUUAUUUGUAUCUUUUGGAAGUGGAGGAACUUUGAAUUACACUGAAUUCAUAGAGCUGGCAUUGGGCUUGGAAUUGAGUGGUGAACGGUUUAUUUGGGUUAUUCGUUGCCCUAAUGAAACGAGCGACGCGGCUUACUUGGGUGGGGGAAGCCAAGACGACCCAUUGUCAUUCCUACCGGUUGGAUACUUGGAACGGGUUAAGGGUCGCGGGUUUCUACUACCAUCAUGGGCUCCCCAAGCCGAGAUCUUGGAACAUAGAUCCACGGGUGGUUUCUUGACUCAUUGCGGGUGGAAUUCGAUUCUCGAGAGCGUGGCUAAAGGAGUUCCGAUGAUCGCUUGCCCGCUCUACGCCGAGCAAAAGAUGAACUCGGUCACGGUGACAAAUGCUGUGAAGGUGGGGCUGGGGUUUAGAGUUAUUGAGAAAGAGGAGAUUGGUCGAGUCGUGAAAAGUUUAAUGGGAGGGGAAGAAGGGAAAGAGGCUAGGGUUCGAGUGGAGGAGCUUAAGGAAUCCACUUUGAAGGCUCUAGGUCUAGAGGGCUCGUCGGCUAAAGCACUUGCGAAUGUUGCGGUUGAAUGGAAAAGUUAUCUGAACUUGUCAACUAAUGAUGAGAAUAUUAUUAUUAAGUGAGAAUUAAUUUGAUGAGGAUCCAUAGAUUUGAUGAUGGAUUUUGUUAUUUGUUUUUUUGUCUUAUUUUAUUAAUCAAAUUCAAGACUUGCAUGUGUUGUAUCAUUUCAAAAGAAAAAAAAAAAAGUCUGUGUUGGUAUAAUUAUUCCCUUUUUCUUUUAAAUGAUAAAAAUGUUUAAAUUUAUAA